AUGUCGGAUCUGAGCAAGAACUUCGAAACUCUCCAGCUCCAUGCGGGCCAGAGUCCAGACUCAGCUACGUCUUCGCGAGCUGUGCCCAUCUACGCUACCACUAGCUAUGUCUUCAACGACUCGGCCCACGCCGCCCGGCUCUUCGGCUUGAAGGAGUUCGGAAACAUCUACUCGCGGAUCAUGAAUCCGACGGUUGACGUCUUCGAGAAGCGUAUUGCUGCGUUGGAGGGCGGCGUUGCAGCAGUGGCGGCCGCCUCCGGCCAGGCCGCCCAGUUCAUGGCCCUCACAGCCCUGGCCCAUGCUGGUGACAACAUCGUCUCGACCUCCAACCUGUAUGGCGGCACAUACAACCAGCUCAAGGUCUUCCUCCCGAGACUCGGCAUCCACACCAAAUUCGUCAAUGGCGACAAGGCCGAGGAUAUCGCGGCGGCAAUCGACGACAAGACCAAGGCCGUCUACCUUGAGAGCAUUGGCAAUCCCAGGUACAAUGUCCCAGACUUCGAGGCCAUUGCAAAGGUCGCACACGAGAAGGGCGUUCCCCUGAUAGUCGAUAACACCUUCGGCGCGGGUGGCUACUUCGUCAGGCCGAUCGACCAUGGCGCCGACAUCGUUGUCCAUUCCGCGACCAAAUGGAUUGGCGGCCACGGCACGACAAUUGGUGGCGUGAUCGUAGACAGCGGGAAGUUCGACUGGGGCAAGCACGCCGCUCGUUUCCCGCAGUUCGUUGAGCCGUCCGAGGGCUACCACGGUCUGAAGUUCUGGGAGACCUUCGGGCCGAUCAGCUUCGCCAUCCGGGUUCGCGUCGAGAUUCUCCGAGACUUGGGCGCGGCUUUGAACCCGUUUGCUGCUCAGCAGCUUAUCCUCGGCAUCGAGACUCUCAGCCUUCGUGCCGAGAGGCACGCCCAGAACGCCCUCGCGCUGGCGAAAUACCUGCAGAAGAGCCCAUACGUUAACUGGGUCUCAUACCCCGGCCUGGACGAUCACCCUUCCCAUGAGAUCGCCAAGAAGUAUCUCAAGCGCGGCUUUGGCGGCGUCCUGAGCUUCGGUGUGAAGGGAGGAGGUGCUGCUGGCAGCCAGGUCGUCGACGGCUUCAAGCUGAUCUCCAACUUGGCCAACGUCGGCGACUCCAAGACCCUUGCCAUCCACCCGUGGACCACUACCCAUGAGCAGCUCUCGGACGAGGAGAAGAUCAGCUCUGGCACGACUGAGGACCUCAUCCGUAUCUCUGUCGGGACCGAGCACAUCGACGACAUCAUUGCCGACUUUGAGCAGUCACCCAACCUCCCCCGCAACCCGCACCCAAAAGCCACAAUGAAACUAUCCCCAUCAGCCCUCCUAGGGCUCCUCCCCCUCUUCGCCCUCUCCGCCACCGCCGCGACGACGACGACGACGACGACGACAGUGACCUUCCGCGUUCCAGCCAGCCACGCCCUCCCGAACCCGAACGCCCUCCCGCCCUCGACGCGCGCGACGCUGUCCUCGCCGGGCGAGGCGCGGUCCGCAGCCCUGACGGCCGACAACUCGUUCGUCUUCCGCAACCUCAGCGCCGGGUCGUACCUCGUCGACGUCCACUGCCCGACGCACGCGUUCGCGCCCGUCCGCCUCGACGUCGGCGCCGAUGAGGCGGCGGCGUGGGAGUCGUUCCGCGGCAACGACUGGGAUAACAGGGGCGAGGCGCUGCUGGUGCUGGAUGGUGGGAUGUUUGAGGUGCGGGCCCUCGGGGCGAAGGGGUACUUUAUGGAGAGGAGCAAGUUCUCGAUAUUGAGCAUCUUACGCCAGCCCAUGAUCUUACUGGGGCUGGUGAGCAUGGGCAUCUUCAUAGGCAUGCCGUAUCUGGUCGACAACAUGGACCCAGAGAUGCGGGCAGAAUGGGACGAGAGGCAGAAGUCCAACCCGAUGAACGGCAUCAUGGGCUCGGCGACAGGCCAGCCAGGCGCGAACCCCAUAGGCAACUUCGACAUGGCCGCCUUCCUGGCGGGGUCGUCCAAGAAGGACGACGCGAUUGCGGCACCUUCGACGCCCUCCGGAAACGGCGGUGGCGGCAAGAAGAAGCGGUAG